AUGCCGGCUCCCGCACCGUUCCCGCGGGUAUUGCUUCCGCCGGCGUUGUUCUGGCUCGGCUGCAUAGUUCCUCUGUCCGCCACUGCAACUACAAGUUUUUGUACCUACUAGAUUCUGUUUGUACUUAAGCAGUGUGAAGAUCUUUCUAAGUUAUUCCUUCGAAAGCUGACUUCAGUUGUUCUGUGAAACUGACAACGUGUAGUUGUAGUUUCUGUGUGGUGGCGACUCUUCACUUGAUGUCCGUGCUGAAGCUAGAAACUCACUGCGCACUCACUGUUAUUCGUAAGCAAUAUACUUACUGCUCUGUCUUACUUAAUUGCUUAUGUGGGAAUACGACAGGUACACUUGUGCUAAAGAACGGGAGCGUUAGACAAGGAAAAUCGCGGAAGUUCAUCAAAAAUCGAACACCCCCCGGCCCGGGGCUCCCGGGGAAUAUAGUUGAUUUGUGUGGGUCUCAACCAUUUUGCAUUUCCCCUCUGCGGAGCCCGCCCCACCAUCCACUGCCGCUUGCAUGUGUCUCGUACUUGAUCAUGACGCCUGUGAACGUACUAGCCGAAACGUCUCUGCUCUCCGCUCUGCAGUCUUGUUCCAGUUCAAAGAUACGCUUAUAUGAAAGAACAACUUGAAGGAAUUCCGAGAUGGUGCGCGUUCGAAAUCCAUUCCAUUUUUGCCAAAGCGAUCCCGGUUCUCAUUUCUUGUUCUGUCGCAGCGUAAAAUCUUUUCACUUUUCCCUUUGAAUUUCUCGCGCCCCGGCGUGGCCCCGGGGCCCCACCGGGGGACUAGGCCGGGCCCGCCGCGCUGGGCCCCGGCUUCCGCGGGGCGGGGCGUUGCAGCAUUGCAAAACAUCAAAAGCAUACCUGAUGGCCGGCACGCUCCGCCAGGGUCAUUCCCGUUCGCUUUGCGCUGUGUGAGGUCGCGACCACGCAGUCUGCCGGGGCGCCCGCCUGUACCGCCGCGAGCGUGUUCCGGUACGACUGCGGCUGGAGGGGAAUUGCGCGCCCCGCGCCGAACCGGAAGCGCAACGCCUUCCGGUAUGUGGUGUUCUUGUAUUGGUACUCCCCAUCCAGAGCAAGUUGGACGAGCCGCGCCACCUCCCCGCGGAGGGGAACGACGCGCGGUUUUUUCUUUGUUCCGGACAGCCCCACAAGCCGCACGCGCCCCGGGUGGCUCUCGAAGUCCUCCCGCCGUAGCUGCAAAACCUCGGCCGCCGGUGCCAUCAGGGCAAACGAAAGCAACCACACCAAGUCGUGGGGCGUCGGCAGGGCGUCGAAAACGCGGCGGAACUGCUCCGCCGUCAGCGCCGGCGCCUGACCGCGUACCAUUGUGCUGGCCUUGACGCGUUCCAGAAGUGGUUGGAGGAACAGAAACAGAAGAAGCCGCACGUGGUGGAGGAGGUCGAGUAGACGACUGCGGGGAUGAUGUUGAGGGCGUGGCACUCAACUCGGACACUUAUAUUUACACUUUAACUACAAACACAUCCAAACUGAUAUUACUCACUUUUGACUGUUCUAGAACACUUUGCGAAAACGUUUGCAAUUAGCAUGACAAAUUUGAAGAAGACGUGAAUUCGGAUUCUCGCGGCCAGCAUGACACACCACAACCUCCACGCUGUUGGGGCUCAGGGCUGUGACAAAACGACUGCUGCGACAAAAACUUGUACUUGAGCUGACCGCGACUUACUGCGAUUUUUUUGAACAGCAGAACGCUGAAAGAAAACCAAGACCACAGACAUGGAAUGCUAUUGAAAGGCUUGCGCGCUUUUUGUGUCACCUGCAGUGAAGGAGC